AUGGCGCCGCCCCGCGUCCGCCUGCUCCUCGCCCUCGCCUUGUGCCUCGCGUUCGCGCGCGCGGACGCGGCCGUGAGGGAGCUCAGGGUCGGGUACUACGCGCAGACGUGCCCCCGCGCGGAGGAGAUCGUGCGGCGCGUCAUGGCCCGCGCGCUCGCGCGCGAGGCCCGCAGCGUCGCCUCCGUCAUGCGCCUCCAGUUCCACGACUGCUUCGUCAACGGAUGCGACGGGUCGGUGCUGAUGGACGCGACGCCGACGAUGGCGGGGGAGAAGGAGGCGCUCUCCAACAUCAACUCCCUCCGCUCCUUCGAGGUCGUGGACGAGGUCAAGAGCGCCCUGGAGGAGCAGUGCCCCGGCGUCGUCUCCUGCGCCGACAUCAUCAUCAUGGCCGCCCGCGACGCCGUCGUGCUGACUGGUGGACCCAACUGGGACGUGAGGCUCGGGCGGGAGGACAGUCUGACGGCGAGCCAGGAGGACUCAGACAACAUCAUGCCCAGCCCGCGCGCCAACGCGAGCGCGCUCAUCCGCCUCUUCGCCGGCUACAAGCUCACUGUCACCGACCUCGUCGCGCUCUCCGGCUCGCACUCCAUCGGCGAGGCCCGCUGCUUCUCCAUCGUCUUCCGCCUCUACAACCAGUCCGGCUCCGGCCGCCCCGACCCCCACAUGGACCCGGCCUACCGCCAGGCGCUCGACGCGCUCUGCCCCCUCACCGGCGACCAGAACGUCACCGGCGGCCUGGACGCCACCCCGGUCGUCUUCGACAACCAGUACUUCAAGGACCUGGUCCACCUCCGCGGCUUCCUCAACUCCGACCAGACGCUCUUCUCCGACAACGAGGGGACCCGGCGGGUGGUGACGCAGUUCAGCCAGAACCAGGACGCCUUCUUCAGGGCCUUCAUCGAGGGGAUGGUCAAGCUGGGCGAGCUCCAGAACCCCAGGAAGGGGGAGAUCCGGCGCAACUGCCGCGUCGCCAACGGCGGGCGGCCGCCGCUGGAGAAGCAGGUCGCGCCGUUCCGGGUGCUGGAUUUCUGA